CAAAAGUAGUGUACAAUGGCCGUGCACGCAGGGGUGUGAGCAAGAAAAGAGCCAGGAAGUGGAAGUGGGGCUUAACACAAGCACCAUCCAAUUAAAGAUAGCUCUGCUGAUGAUCAAGCAAGUGGUUGUUAAUCACAAGUACAGCCACUGCACUGACUAGUGUACAAUACUUUUGCCGGAUACCACAGUAAGGAGAAGAAAGAGUCAGUGACCCUUCAUGAGGCACUGUACCAAACCCUGCAACUAUUGACAGUCAAGGUUGUCUUUGGGCCUUUUGGGACAAAUCAGCCAUAAAUGCGUUGGUUAAUGGCGGUUCGCAACUCAACUUGUUGUCAAAUAUUCUAGCAAAGAAGUUAGACCUUUAAAUAAGUCCUAUAACAUGCCUCACAGGUAUGUGACCGGCCCGGGUAUGUGACCGGGUUUUGCCAAGACCACAUCAAACUUCACCUAUAAUGUCUCAACGCAACAACACAGUACAGCUCUCAAACAAAGUAGAUAUACAGCUUACGCUUCAGGCUAUUCAAAAAGACGCGACACUUACAGUAUCACGCGCAGCAACUAUCUACAAGGUGUUAGAAAGUACGCUAAGACGACGACGCGCUGGAAUGCUCUCUCAACGCAAUUGGAAGCCUAAAUCAAUAAACCUGACAGGUACUAAAGAGGAGGUAAUUGUCUAGCAUGUAUUGAGGCUAGACGAGCAAGGAUACCCGCCGCGGCUCACUAAUGUGAAGGAUAUGGCCAAUUCUCUGCUUGCUGAGCGCCACCACCCACCUGUUCGCAAGAACUAGGCUAGCACCUUUGUUAAGUGUUGGCUAGAGCUUAAAGUCAAGUUUAAUUGAAAGUACACCUGCAAGAGAGCCCUGUGUAAGGAUCCUAAGGUGAUAGGAGACUAGUUCCGCCUAGUGGAGAAUACUAAAGCUAAGUAUAGUAUCCUAGAUAAAGACACCUACAACUUUGAUAAGUCUAGCUUCAUGAUAGGCGUUAUAUCUACUAGAGCUGUUGUCACAGGCUCUGAGCGCUGAAGAAGGCUAAAGACAGUGCAGCAGGGCGACAGAGAGUGGACCAGUAUUAUCCAGGGCAUCAAUGCAAAGGGCCGGUCUAUCCCGCCCUUUGUUAACGUA